AUGUCACUGUUUCAAAUGUUGUUCGGAAAAGCAUGUCACCUACCGGUGGAGAUGGAACACAAGGCUUUGUGGGCUGUCAAAUUCUUAAAUUUUGAUACAAAAGCGGCAAGUGAAAAGAGGUUGUUACAACUGGAUGAGUUAGACAAAUUCAGAUUGUCAGCUUAUGAAAGUGCCAGCCUCUACAAAGAGAAAACCAAGAAGUGGCAUGACAGAAAAAUAUUAGGCAGAGACUUCAAAGUUGGACAACAAGUUCUGCUGUUUAAUUCCCGGUUGAGACUCUUUCCGGGAAAGCUCAAGUCUAGAUGGUCAGGACCGUUUCUGGUGAAAGAAAUACGUCCUUAUGGUACAGUGGAAAUUAGUCCACUUGAUUCUGACAGAAGCUUCAAGGUGAAUGGGCAGCGAUUGAAACCAUACCUUGGAGGAGAAAUUGACAGAGGAACGACCACCGUUGCUCUUGCAGAAACGUAA